CAUUAAACACGCCCCAAAGAAUAGUGACAUCNNCGAGUCACCAUUCCGAUCACCGUUGGGCCGGCCUUCGGCUUUCUCAUCCGGCCAAGCAUCAUUCGGCCAUCCUGUAUCGCUUGACAACCAAGGAGCAGCAUAUAAAGGGUCACCGUUUAAGUCAUCGCCUUUGGGUCAACCCUUGCCUCUAGACAAUGCACCACUACUGGAGGUCGGAAAACCAGUGUUUGGCCAGCCGUCGCCUUUGGGUCAGCCCUUAUCUCUAGACAAUCCCUCGCCGCUGGGGAUCGGCCAGUUACCAUCGUCCUCCAAAACAGCGUUUGGUCUACCAACAACAAACAAUCGCCCUUCAUUCGAAAAGCCGUCUUCAUUCCGCGACCUAUCAUGGCUCACAAAACCAAUUUUCAAACCAGCCUCAUCCUUUGCCAAGUCACCGUUCACCAGGCCGCCCGAUAGUCAUGAGCCAUCUAGCCACUAGAUCGAUAAAUUGCUAUCCUUCCCAGGCCACUCCUACAGAUACUAAGUAGAUUGAAGAAAAUCAAUAUCAGGGAAGCCCAACUAUCAUUUCCAAUGCAUUACAAGUCCUGUCAACUCUCUAUUUUUUCAAAUUGCGGCAGUAUCUUUACGUUAUUCUUGCUGAACUUGAUGGCAUAUAAUUGUGUAGGUGCUGAGUUAUAUCUAGCUGGUUAACUAUCGUGCUUUCUCUGCGA